CAGCAUCAGUUGCCAUGGAGACCUUGCUCCACAGCGUCAGUUGCCAUGGAGACCUAGCAUGUAAACAGAGAGACACCUUCGUGGGACUGAAAACUUUGGCUUUAAGCUCAUCAUACCUGCUGACCCACUGGUCUGGCUUCGUCACACUUCGACCUACAGCCCCGCCCACAUCCGCUCUCCACCAAUUACAGAGUAACAGUUUCAUUUUCUGGUUUCAGAGUUUUCCCUCCAAACGGCUGCCAGAAGAGGAGCCUGAACACAGAUCUUUGGACCAAUCAGCUCCUUCUGUCUCUUCAGGUCGUGGUCUCUUGCCCCGCCCCCGGCCGCUCCCCUUCCUGUUGGUGACAGGAGGAGGUUACCUUGGUUACCAGCAAUACAGGAGGCAGGGUCAAAAGGAGGAUGGAGUGCCACCCCCUCUGGCCACGCCCACACAGGUGGCGCUGUACCGUUCCUUCCCAACCCGCCUCCUGUCCCGGGCCUGGGGCCGUCUGAACGGGGUGGAGCUCCCUACGUGGCUCAGGAAGCCCAUCUACUCUCUGUACAUCUGGACCUUUGGGGUCAACAUGCAGGAGGCAGCGGUGGAGGAUUUACAUCAUUACAGGAAUCUGGGAGAGUUUUUCCGGCGACGCCUUAAACCUGCAGUCCGACCACUUUGUGCCUCCUCCUGCUUGGUGUCUCCAGCUGAUGGGAGGAUCCUCCACUUUGGACGGGUGAAGAACUCAGAGGUGGAGCAGGUGAAGGGGGUCACCUACAGUCUGGAGAACUUCCUGGGUCCACAGAAGAGGCAAGGCCAGGAUUCAUCCUCGUCUUUCAGGGACCUCCUCCUGUCGUCUCCUGACAGCGACCUGUUCCACGUCGUGGUCUACCUGGCUCCAGGUGACUACCACUGCUUCCAUUCACCCACAGAUUGGAGGGUUGAGCUUCGCCGUCACUUCCCAGGCUCGUUGAUGUCGGUGAACCCAGGAGUGGCUCGUUGGGUCAAAGAGUUGUUCUGCCUUAACGAGCGUGUGGCGCUCACUGGCCAAUGGCAGCACGGCUUCUUCUCGUUAACGGCGGUGGGAGCCACUAACGUCGGUUCCAUCAGAGUUUACUUCGACCAGGAGCUGCAGACCAACGCUCCCCGCUACAGUAAAGGCUCCUUCCACGAUCGCAGCUACGUCUCUGUCCACGAGGUGGCGCUGAGGGCGAUAGAUGAAGGGGGCAUGGUCUCUGUGGAUGGAGGAGGCGUGGCCUUACAGCGGGGGGAAGCACUGGGGGAGUUUAACCUCGGCUCCACCAUUGUUCUGCUGUUUGAGGCUCCCAAAGACUUCAGCUUCAGCCUGCAGCCCGGCCAGCGAAUCAGAGUGGGCGAAGGCCUCGGCAGACUCUGAUUGGAAGAGCUGCAGACUCUGGGGGCGGGGCCUGAUGAAUGACGGGUUUUAUUGGAUUGUGGGCCAUUUUGUCUGUGAACAGUUUGUAUUUUAUUACAUGGACUUAAACUCCCAGAAUGCCUUGGUCCUCACGAGGAGGAAGAUGCCAAAUUUCACUUCGGCUUCUGUUCUGUCUGAAUGUCGCUCAUCAAGGAGCUCAACCCAACAGAGAACGUGUUCCUUUAAAACCACAGAAACAUAUUUUAUUAAACAGAGUAAAUUUUCAUUUUUCAUGAAAAUCAAAGAUUCACAGUAAAAACUUGUCCGUCCAUCAUUCGACAAUUUGAAUGCCUAAAACUUUAUUGUUCACUGUUUUUUGUUGUUUCUGUCCUCAGUCAGAGCUGUUAGCUGUUAGCAUUAGCAUGCUCACCAUUUCAAGCAAUUCAGCUGGAGGCGUGUGAUUAAUCAAACAGAGAUAUUAGUUUAUUUUUAACCUGUGGUUUGUUUACACCUGCACCGCUUUCUCUGUUCACGUUUGUAAAAUAACUGACUAUGAAUAAAAGUGUAACUUGUAUAAUAA